AUGGUUUCAUCUGAAACAACAUGUACAUUAAUUGGUGGAAGUUUAAUAGUUCUACUAAUAGCUGGUUAUUUUGGUCAACAAUUUUUACCAGCACCUAAACCAAAAGUAAUCGGUUUUGAUUUAGGUACAACUUAUUCAUGUGUUGGAAUUUAUCAUGCUAUAAGUGGAUUAGUUGAAGUUAUACCAGCACAACGUAAUCGUUCAUGUAUGCCAUCAAUUGUAUCAUUUUUAUCUAAUGGAACAAUUCUAUUAGGUUAUGAUGCAUUUGAUCAUCUUGAAACUAAUCCAAAAUAUACAAUUUAUGAUACAAAACGUUUUAUAGGUAAAAAAUUUUCAUUAGAAACAAUAAAAAAAAUUCAAGAAGAUUAUCCAUUUGAAAUUAAACUAAAUAAUCAUGGUUAUGUUGAAUUUAUUAUAUCUGAUAAUGGUACACGUAUAACACCACAAGAAAUAGGUUCAUUAUUAUUAAAACAUUUAAAAUUAUUAGUUGAACAAUAUUUAAUGAUUUCAAAAAUAAAACAUUGUGUAUUAAGUGUGCCAGCUGAAUUUAAUGAUGAACAACGACAUGCAACACGACAAGCAGCAGAAUCAAUUGAUAUUAAAGUUGAAAGGAUUAUAUCUGAACCAACAGCAGCUGCAUUAGCAUAUGGUUUACAUAAACGUGAUAAUGUACGUUAUGUAUUAGUUAUUGAUAUAGGUGGUGGUACAACUGAUGUUAGUUUAUUAUCUGUACAAGGUGGAAUGUUUUCAACACAAGCUAUGGCUGGUAAUAAUCGUUUAGGUGGACAAGAUUUUAAUCAAAAUUUAUUUCAUUAUAUAUUAACAUUAAUUGAUAAUAAUAAUAAAAAUAAAACUGAUCCAAAUUUUUUACAACAUUUAAGAAUUGAAAUUGAAAAAUGUAAACUUGAUUUAUCAAUAUUAGAACAAUGUAUAAUUAAUUCAAAAUGGAUUAUAACAAGAGAUUUAUUUGAAAAUAUAAAUCAAGAUUUAUUUAAAAAAAUUCUUGAACCAUUAGAUAGAAUAUUUGCUUAUAUUAAUUCUGAUAUUAAUGAUAAUGAUGAUGAUGAUGAUAUAAGUAAUAGAUUAACUGCUAAUAAUAUUGAUGAAAUUGUUUUAGUUGGUGGUUCAACACGUAUGUUAAAAAUUCGAAUAUUAAUUGAAGAUUAUUUUCAAAAAAAACCUAAUAUUGAAAUUGAUCCUGAUGUUGCUGUUACACAUGGAGUAUCAAUACAAGCAGGAAUUAUAGGUGGAGUAUGGCCAUUAACUGUUACUGCUACAGAAGUACGAACUACAGUAGAAAAAAUUCAUAUUGAAACAUAA